AUGAACGCAGAAGCCAAAAAGAAGGUAGACGUACUAUCAGAAGAACUGCUUCCGUAUAUCAUAGCAGAACAGGAAAGAAGGACAACGUUGUACAAGAGAAUAAUGACCGCCAUCCAGAACGGGGAGAAGGGAGUGACGAUAGCCGAGAUCAGGAAUAAGCCCCCCUUGAUCAUAAGAAAAGGGUUAAUGUACCGAUGUCCGUCGAACCGUGCCCCCAAAGAGCCCGACGGUUCUGGCACGAUCAUGUGCGAAGACGAAAUCGAACCGUUCCCGGUGAUGUACGACUCGUGCCUAAGCGCCGAAGACAAGGAGCUUUAUGUUGCGCAGAACAAUUACUUCUUUUGCAACCGGCAUAAAGUGGAGGGUCCGGAUCUACCCAGAAACGGGAGUACCGUCAUAGGGUGCGCUCCAAUAGAGAGGACGUCGCUGAACUACACUACGAAUAAAUGUACACUUGAAGAUACCGACGAUGUUGUCGUCCAUUAUAGAUAUUAUCCGGAUAAAACAUAUAAAUUCGUCACUGAACUGGACCCUGAUCGUGAGGUGUGCGACCACUGGAAUCCUUGCCAGAUUGGCUACAUCUACAGCUUACCUUCACCCGAUCAAGCGCUGACAGCCAAUGAGCUAUGGCAUGAUUACGAGGACGACCCGAAUGAGUUCGUGUUGCCCAGCGGGAGAUCUUACACGACCAGCCCAAGGCGGGUACAGAUUCCGGAUGGCUACGUCUUUCACGGUACUGGGAAAUGGUCGCCGGCCGGAGGGCAAACUCGACUUACGACUUUGCACAGGGUAAAUACUUUAUCUUUUUUUUUAAGGGAUAUUAUGGCCUGGUAA